ACCUCUAGCACUGAGCGUGAGGAUUGAUCAGCAGGUCCCUGCUGAGCUGCUUGUAUGUAACACGGCAGCAUCCUCACCAUGCUCCCUGCACCUCAACCCUGUCCUCCCUCCCCCAAAGCAACCUUAAACCUUUAUCAGUACUGAAUUCUGUAUUUCUUUGCAUAAAAGGAGGGGGGUGAUUUUUUUUUUUUUUUUUUUACUGGGGUGUGUUUCUGCUUUUUUGUUUCAUUCAUUGAAUCCAGUUUCCAGAGCCCUUCAUCAAGACAGGACAUACGAGAAGACAAGGUACAGAAGCCGAGAGGAAAGCAGGUCUUUAUUGAUGGUGAGGAGUAAGGGGAUCUCAAUUGGGCGUCACAAGAACGGACAGGUUUAUCCAGCAAGAGAGGGGGGGGAGAAGAAGCAAAGACAGCCAUCCCCCCCUCCCUCUCCAUCUACAGCCCUCCUCCCCCCUUUUCUCUUGAGGAUUUUCCUUGCAUCUGGAUCCCCGUGGAAGGAGAGAGGAGAAGAUGACCACGGUUGGGAAAGAUGGUGGUGGAACGCCGCACAUGCAAUAUGUUGGGCCAUACCGGCUUGAGAAGACACUGGGAAAGGGGCAGACAGGCCUGGUGAAGUUAGGGAUCCACUGUGUUACUUGUCAAAAGGUCGCCAUCAAAAUUGUCAAUCGAGAGAAGCUCAGCGAGUCUGUUUUAAUGAAGGUGGAGCGUGAGAUCGCAAUUCUUAAGCUUAUUGAACAUCCGCAUGUACUAAAGUUACAUGAUGUAUAUGAGAACAAGAAGUACCUGUACUUAGUCUUGGAGCAUGUUUCUGGAGGAGAACUCUUUGACUACCUGGUGAAGAAGGGACGUCUUACCCCAAAGGAAGCACGAAAAUUCUUCCGACAGAUCAUUUCAGCACUUGAUUUCUGCCACAGUCAUUCUAUCUGUCACAGAGAUCUAAAACCUGAGAACCUACUUCUGGAUGAGAAGAACAACAUCCGAAUAGCAGAUUUUGGAAUGGCCUCUCUGCAGGUCGGAGACAGCCUGUUGGAGACCAGCUGUGGGUCUCCCCAUUAUGCCUGUCCGGAAGUUAUCAGGGGUGAGAAAUAUGACGGCAGAAAGGCUGACAUCUGGAGUUGCGGUGUCAUAUUAUUCGCUUUGCUUGUGGGCGCUUUGCCAUUUGAUGAUGACAACUUGAGGCAGCUCCUGGAGAAGGUCAAACGAGGGGUCUUCCAUAUGCCACAUUUUAUUCCCCCGGAUUGUCAGAAUCUCCUCUGCGGGAUGAUUGAGGUGGAUCCCUUGAAGAGACUGACGUUAGAAACCAUACAGAAGCACUCCUGGUACAUAGGGGGAAAGAAUGAGCCAGAACCCGAGCAAGCAGCUCCCAGGAAGGUACAGAUGGGGUCCUUGCCAUCGUUAGAGGAUGUUGACCCGGAUGUGCUGGAGAGUAUGCAUUCCCUAGGCUGCUUUAGGGACCGGAACAAAUUACUGCAAGACCUGUUGUCUGAAGAAGAAAAUCAGGAGAAGAUGAUUUAUUUCUUGUUACUGGAUCGGAAAGAGAGGUAUCCCAGCCAAGAAGAUGAGGACCUCCCACCGAGGGCAGAUAUUGAUCCUCCUAGGAAGCGUGUUGACUCACCCAUGUUGACUCGCCAUGGGAAGAGAAGGCCAGAGAGAAAAUCUAUGGAGGUUCUGAGUGGAACAGAUGGAGGCUCCCCAGUACCAGCACGCAGGGCCAUUGAGAUGGCACAGCAUGGGCAGAGGUCGCGAUCUAUCAGUGGUGCUUCUUCAGGACUUUCCACCAGCCCGAUUAGUAGUCCCAGGGUUACCCCUCAUCCGUCACCCCGUGGCAGCCCCCUCCCUACUCCCAAGGGAACACCUGUGCACACGCCUAAGGAAAGCCCAGCAGGCACUCCUUCACCAACCCCACCAUCCAGCCCAAGCAUUGGUGGGAUGCCAUGGAGGACAAGACUGAACUCUAUCAAGAACAAUUUCCUGGGGUCACCAAGAUUCCACCGUCGCAAGCUGCAAGUUCCUACAGCUGAUGAAAUGAGCAACUUGACCCCGGAGUCAUCUCCAGAACUUGCCAAGAAGUCUUGGUUUGGUAACUUCCUUACGCUGGAAAAGGAGGAUCAGAUCUUCGUGGUCAUUAAAGAUAAGCCUUUAAGUUCAAUUAAAGCUGACAUAGUGCAAGCGUUUCUCUCGAUCCCAAGCCUCAGUCACAGUGUGAUCUCACAAACAAGUUUCAGAGCAGAGUACAAAUCCACAGGCGGUCCAUCUGUCUUCCAGAAGCCAGUGAAGUUUCAAGUGGAUAUUACAUAUUCAGAAGGUGGAGAGAAGCAGAAGGACUCUGGAAUAUACUCAGUCACUUUUACUCUGCUAUCAGGUCCCAGCAGGAGGUUUAAACGGGUUGUGGAAACAAUUCAGACUCAGCUCUUGAGCUCACAUGAACAGCCGUCUGUACUGCAGCUAUCAGACCCCAAUAACUGUAUGGAGUAUCUCAGUGGGAAGCUCUCAAAAUGUGGCCGCCCAAUCAGUAACUUCUUUGACGUACUUAAACAACUUUUUUCAGACGAGAAGAAUGGUCACGCUUCUCCUGCCCCUGGGCCCCACAGCAAGCAGCGUCCGACUGAUAAUAAGGAACAGGGGCCCCUGGGAGCCAGCGGGAAGGAAAAAAGCAGGAAAACCAGCCCCGUCAUCACUCAGGAGACCCCUGUCCCUGCUUCUCCCAGCAAACAGGGCACAUAACAGAGGAAUAUUCCUGCUGUGACCUCAAGAUGUCACUAAAGCCCAAUGAUACUACAGGGAGUAUGCCCUGCUUUAUACUCAGUGAACACAAGAUGGUAGUGUCACAGAGUGCUACUAUAGGAUUUUGGCCUGUAAAAUACACUCUGAUGACAACAUUUUUGUGCCGGUUGUACCCAACAUGACCCAUUAAGAC